UAAUGACACCAAUCAAUAACCCAGUAACGGACGAAGAAAUCACGUAUAAUAACAUUCAGAGUAGGACACGAAACAUAGUGGAAAGAACUUACGGUGUAUGGAAACGACGAUUUCCUUGUUUAUCAAGAGGAUUAACAACCAAACUUCUUUGUUCAACCACAAUUGUUGUAGCCUGUGCUGUAUUACAUAAUAUGUCGUUAAGAUUUAAUGAUAAUUUACCAGACGAUGAUUCAGAUGAAGAACAAGAUGAAGACGUACAUGUACCUGAACCAAAUUGGCAACCUGCUGAUGGUUUUGCAUUUUGUGAAGUAUUAAUUGAGCGUAUGUUUAAUGCAUAAAAAUUAUAAAUCAAUCUACUCA